AUGACUGUUGGUGAACAAAAUGUGGAAAAUAAUCAAUUAAAUAAGACAAUCUUAUUUGUGGGUGAAACAGGAACGGGGAAAUCCACUAUUAUGAACAGUCUGCUCAACUACGCCAUGGGAGUGGAGUGGGAGGAUGACAUCUGGUUUGAGAUCGUAGAGGAGGAGAAGAAAGCUCAAGCAGAAAGUCAGACAUCAGAUGUGAUUGUGUACAAGAUCUUUGGGUUUGAAAGCAAAACUCUGCCUUACUCUCUGACCAUCAUCGACACACCUGGGUUUGGAGACACCAAAGGGACAGGAACAGAUGACAUCAUCAGUCAGAGACUAUAUGACUGGUUUAGAUCAGAAGAUGGAGUUAAAGAAAUUGAUGCAGUGGCUCUGGUGCUGAAAGCAUCAGAAAAUAGAGUGAGUGAUCGACUGAUGUACAUCUUUGAUUCUGUCAUGUCUCUGUUUGGAAAUGACAUGGAGGAAAACAUCAUAGCUCUCAUCACACACUCAGAUGGAAGGACACCUACAAAUGCCCUGAAUGCUCUUGAAACUGCAAACAUUAAAUGUGCCAAAAAUGAGAAGAAUCAGCCUGUUCACUUCCUGUUUAAUAACUGCCAGAAAGAAAACCGACACACAGAGGACUCAGAGGACACAGAGGACACAGAAGUCCUGAAAACAGCGUUUGAAAUGUCAUACCAGAACCGUACCAGGCUGACUGCCUGCGUCCAAAGCCUGCGAGAGAGAAUCGAGCAGUCUGAACUAGUAAAGAGAGAAAUGGAACAGAUCCAGACGGGUUUGAAGAAUCAUGAAAAAGACAUGGAGAAGAACAAGAACUUCACCAUAGAAGUUGACGAGCCAUACAAUGUUUUAGGAUCUGUCAACCUACGUGGAGGAAAGUGUCAUGUAACGAAACAUGUGAAAGAUCAGUAUAAGUAUGUGUCCAAAACAAAGAAGGUUCAGAAGACCUUGGAUGAUAUUAAAAAGAAGUAUGAGAAUGCUACAACACAAGCAAAGAAGGAGAUGAGUCUUUUGUCACAGGUUAAAAAAGAUAUUGAAGAGCUGACAGCAAAGCAGUCACAGUUGCUGGAAGAGGCGUACCAGCAUAUUGUCGAACUGGAUAAGAUCGCCCUGAAUGCCAUUUCAGCAUCCACUCUUGACAGCUUGGACCUCCUGAUUGAGAAGAUGAAGGACACAGAGAGGGUCAAGAAACUGAAGGAGAUCAAACGUAAAGUGGAUUAUAGUAAAACCCAGAAAGCAAAGCAGUACAUGAACAAAUCAUGA